CGCUUCGUAGGCCAUUGGCAUCGAUUGUCGGCGAUCUCCUGCCCGUGUUUCUUCCUUCGCACCGAGACCUCGCAGCUGCACACACGCCGCUUCCCAGUCCUGCCCGCUUCACCAUCGCAUGUCGCACCAGCGCGCGGCAAUGUUACCUGCACAUUGUGCCUCACAACUGCUCACGACUCACGACGCGAAUUUGUUGCUGCCUGCACGAUUUUUGUACACGUAACACGUGAACUGUUACGUGGGAGCGCGCGCCCGUCUAGGGGGAAUUCGCCCGUGAGUUGCCGGUCUGAGCAUCGAUCACCGUGCGAAGCGCAACCAACUUCACCCCGUCGUCGUCGCCGCGGAGUUGUUUAUCGGCAAAGCGAACCUUCGGCAUUGUGUUUACGCGAAACGCGGAGAAGUGCGAUUUGUGAAGACAAAUCCUGCUUCGCGUGGAUAUCCAGUGGGGACACACCCGAGUGUAAACGGAGUCGGUUAAUCAUUGCGCGAUCAAGAAUGGUUCUCACGAAAGAGUAUCGCAUUUGCAUGCCGCUUACUACGGAAGAGUACCGCAUCGGCCAGCUAUACAUGAUCGCCAGACAUAGUCAUGAGCAAUCUGACAAUGAUGAAGGGGUGGAAGUAGUAGAAAAUAAUGCUUGUGAAGAUCCUGUUCACGGAAAGGGACAGUACACUGAAAAAAGGAUCCAUCUGUCAAGCAAACUCCCAUAUUGGAUACAAUCUAUUCUACCACGGAUAUUUUAUGUAACAGAGAAAGCAUGGAACUAUUAUCCCUUUACUAUUACAGAGUAUACUUGUUCCUUUAUACCAAAGUUUCAUAUAGCGAUAAAUACACGAUACGAGGAUAACAACGGCUCCACAGAAAAUUGCUUAGGAUUGUCGCCCAUUGAAUUGAUUCAUCGAGAAGUCGAUUUUGUGGAUAUUGCAUACGACGAGAUCUCCGCGAAACAUUACAAAGAGGAAGAGGAUCCAAAGUACUUCCAAUCUAAAAGAACGGGCCGGGGUCCCCUGGUUGAAGAUUGGAGGGACACAACACAACCCAUAAUGUGCUCGUACAAAUUAGUUCAUGCCUCGUUUGAAGUCUGGGGUAUGCAAACACGAGUCGAGGAUUUUAUACACAGAUGUAUAAGGGACAUUCUAUUGCUGGGUCAUAGACAAGCUUUUGCUUGGAUCGACGAAUGGUAUGACAUGACUUUGGAAGAUGUACGGCAGUACGAGCAAAAAAUGCAAGCUGAAACGAAUGAGAAAGUUAGGCUAAAAAAUCAACUCAAUGAGCAAAAAAACACUGGAACACCGUCCUCAUCUGUGCCAACUACACCGAAAUCACCCACGCAACGAUCGUGGUUCUCUUGGUCGUAGCCACAAUUAGCGCGAUAAUUGAUUCUGAGCACUGCGGCAACUUGCUUCGGUUAAUACUACGCGA